CCAGGGUUGGGGGUACUGGAAGACCAGUGUUUGGGAAACACUGUUCUAUAUCUGUCAGUAUGUAUGUAUGUAUGUACCUCAUCAACAUGCCUCCUGUCUUCACUGAUCCACUUCAAUGUCCCCCUUCAUUUAUCUCCUCCAAGGUGAUUGCGCAGAGGUCAUUCAUGGAAAGGAAGUGGUGCCUCACUCUUUACCCUUCAUGGCUCGACUGGAGGACGUUAAAGGUAGUCUAGUCUGUGGAGGGGUCCUCAUCAACGAGUCAUGGGUCCUGACUGCAGCCCACUGUAAAGUCCGGACGGGAUGGUUUUCACACAGCUGAAGAAACCAGUGAAGCUGACCGACACCGUGAAAGUCAUGGAUCUACCCAAGCCUGCAUCUGAUGUCCCGGCUGGGACACGGUGCUUUGCGGCCGGAUGGGGAGACACAAAGGAGAAUGGUGACCAGUCUGAUGUCCUGCUGUCUGUCAAUGUCACCGUGAUCGACAGGGUGAAGUGUGACUCUCCUGAUUACUACAACUUCUCCCCUGUCAUCACCGGAGGAAUGCUGUGUGCUGGUUACGGACAAGAUAGAGCUGGCACUUGUCAGGGAGACUCCGGUGGCCCGUUGGUGUGUAGAGAUGCGCUAAGGGGAGUUGUGUCGUUUGCUGGAGGACGUGGUCGCGUCAACAAACCUACCGUCUACACAUUCAUAUCUAAAUACACUGACUGGAUCACUAAAACCAUCCAAACCUCUGGCUGAUUUUUACAUAGCCAAACUUCUUCUGUUCAUUCUAAAAUAAAUGCUUAUUGACAUUUAGUAGAAUUCAUAUUUUGUUGGUGGAGGCGGGAGAACAUUAAAUUUCUUUCUCUUUUAAAUUAUUUUAUUACUAUUGUUCAAAAAUACAGGUAGCACUUAAUUAAAAGAGCAGAUUGUGCACGGUAGAACCCUGUGGAUGCAUAACACUGUUCUCUGUGCACGGUAGAACCCUGUGGAUGUAUAAAAUUGUUCUCUGUGCACGGUAGAACCCUGUGGAUGUAUAACAUUGUUCUCUGUGCACGGUAGAACCCUGUGGAUGUAUAACACUGUUCUCUGUGCACGGUAGAACCCUGCACUGUUCUCUGUGCAUGGUGGAACCCUGUGGAUGUAUAACAUUGUUCUCUGUGCACGGUAGAACCCUGCACUGUUCUCUGUGCA